AUGUCUACACUCUAUUAUGGAGGUGACGUAUUAAAACUGAUUCUUCUAUGUUUCUACAUUCAAAAGAGUUUGGGUGACGAGACAUUAUGUGACCUACGACCGCUAGGAGCCAAAACCGAUCCACUUCCACCAGAUAAUAGAUUUAAUAUUGAAAUAUUGAAUAUUAUGGAUAAUUCUUAUAUACCGAACAAGUUGUAUACAGUUCGUCUUUCUGCAACUGACGGUGUAUCUAGCUUCAUCGCAUUUACAAUAUCAGCGAGCGGGGACACUAAACCCAAUGAAAAAAAUGCAAGAAAACCUUUAAAGCUAAGCCCCGGCCUGAUAUACCCUUCACCAGAUUCUGAAGCCAAGUCCAGCGAUCAAUGUAAAAAUUCAGUUAUACAAUAUGACAUCACACCGAAAACUUCCGUUGAGGCGUUUUGGCAGGCACCGCCCAAAGACCACAAAUGCGUUACAAUAUUCGCUGUUUUGGCAGUAAAGCCAGAUGUCUGGUAUAACUUUGAAGGUCCGCUAUCCAAAAGGGUUUGUGAGGAUAGACGAAACGUUGAGGACAUGCAGCCCAUGGAAAAUGAUAAUUGUCAAGUUUGCGAGGAUGCUCAGUAUUUGCUGACUUUCGAGAGAAUAUGGUCCUACAACACCCACCCAUUAAUGUAUCCCGACAACUCGACAGUCGUGCCAUGCUUCAGCGAUGUUGUUGGAGCUUCUCACAGCAAAAACUUUUACGUUUAUAAAUUUAAUUCUGAAGCGAGUCAGGGCUUGAAAAUGCUCGCAGAACAAGGGAAUACAACGAAACUUGAAAUUGAAAUACGAAUGCAGCUCGGCUCAACAGUUCGUACAAUAAUAAAAGCAUCAGGUCAUCCAAGACCCAAUAUGGCGACGACUUCUAUAUUUCGUGUAACCAGAGAACACCAUCUGGUGUCACUGGUUACAGCCAUUCUUCCUUCACCGGACUGGUUUCUUGGUGUUUCAAACAUGGAGAUGUGUGAUAUGCUCACUGGGACCUGGGCGCCUCAUUUGGUAUUAAAUCUUUACCCUUUAGACGCCGGCACAGACAGUGGAUUGACUUUUGGGUCUGCAAACGACGACACAAUGCCACCUCAACCUAUAAAAUCGGCGGUUAUAAAUAAAUCGGUAACAAAGGAACAACUGAAGCCAUUUGCGAAGAUACGAUUUGAACUUAUCCGUACUUACCCAAACCCAGCAUGCGUCACUGAAGCGACUGUCGAUGAAACGGAAGGAGAAAGGAAAAAUAACGACAAUGAAGAAGAAUCUAAUGAAAUACAAGUAACAUCGCCAACUCCUGAGGAACACUCUCCCGAUCCUGAAUCAGCGCCAGAAUGUCCUGUGACAGCUUGGGAAGACUGGUUACCAUGCGAGGGGGAAUGUACCAACGGAAACUUACAAGGUUACCAAAUGAGGUUCAGAUAUCACUUGGUUGACGGUGUGGCCGUAGGAAAAUACGUUGAGAAUGGACCAUACAAUGAAGACAAAGAAGUUUCAGAAUAUUGUUUAGAAAACUAUCCAGACAGCGAAACACGAGGCUGCGAAGAACCCUGUGCUGAGAACGAAGAGGAAGAAGAAGAAAUGGAACAAAAAACUAUAAAAAAGUAUCUCAACAUAUUUGUUUGUCUGAUGUUAUUAUGCUGGAAAAAAAGCCUAAAUCUAAUUUCAAGCGUUUACUUGGAAUAA